CCAACCAACUCCUUUCCUCUUCCCUUUUGCUUUGUUUCCGUCAACCACCUUCCAUCGGCGACACGACUUCGAAGAACUAACGAUUUCAUGGAACUAGUCUCCGUCCUCCCGAAAUCGAUAGUAGGUGUUGGGUUUUACUCCGUUACAUUUUCCUCUUUCUACUCUUCUUUCUAUAUUUUUUUAGGUCUUUCUUCUGACUACCCUCCUCACCUUCUCGGCGAAGAUGACGGCCUCCUUCCCUUCCCGACGACGACGACGAAGAAUCUGAGGAAUGACAAGGACGAAGAGACUGUAUCCUGCGGUUCCAACAGGGAAGAGACUUGCAAGCUAUGUUUCUAGGGUAGAAGUAGGGGUAGGUCAGACUCUUUCCUCGAGUAAGGGUACCAGCAAGAAACAGCGUCGUGAGAGCCGGGAUAAGAACAACAAGAUAGGGGAAGAGGAAACGUACCGAUGAUGUUAGGGCAAGAAGUACAUCCCACAAACAAUUUCUUAGUGACUUCAAUAGUUGCAUUUGCUGGAUAUUUUAUAGUUGUUGGCAUUUCCCUUUUUUUAUAACACAUUGUACUGCACGGU